UUUUCUCGCCUCUCCUUCGAUGACUUCGGUUGCUCGCCGGCUGGGGUUUGUCGCGCGGCAACUUGCGCAAUGGACUGUCUUACUCGCCGUCGCUCUGCUCACUGUCCUGAUCGUCCUGCCAGUCGCAGCGUUGGGUGCAGUGCUUGUGCGUGUCGGGCGCUGGAUUGCCGCUGCAGUCUCCCCGCCGCCGCGCUCCACCGCUGCCUCCAAGACCGCCGCCGCCGAUACCACCAUCACGGUGGGCUUCUUCCAUCCAUACUGCAACGCGGGCGGCGGUGGCGAGCGUGUCCUCUGGUGUGCUGUCCAAGCCGUGCGCGAGCUCCUUCCCGCCGCAAUCCGCGCGCGCACCGCGUCCUCAUCCUCAUCCACACCGUCUGACAGUGGCAUCAUCGCGAGCGUUCGGUGCGUCAUCUUCACGGGCGACGUGAACGCGGCUCUGGCAAGGCCAUUCUCGACAAGGCGCGCAAGUCGUUCGGAUCACGCCAGCUCAGCUUCCCGACGAGCACAUCCAGUUUGUGUUUCUGCGAUCGCGGCCGUGGGUGGAAGCUGCGCCGUACCCGUUCCUGACGCUGCUCGGACAGAGUCUCGGCUCGCUCGUGUUGGGCUACGAGGCGCUGUUUGCGAGUCUCGCUUCGCCGGCCGUGCGCCCUGACGUGUUCCUGGAUACGAUGGGCUUUGCGUUCGUCCUGCCGCUCUUCCGCUGGCUGCUGCGCUGCAAAGUGGGGUGCUAUGUGCAUUACCCGACCAUCUCAACCGACAUGAUUGCACGAGUGCGGGAUCGCACGGCCGCUCACAACAACUCUGCCCUCGUUGCCCGCUACCCAUUGCUCAGCCAUGGCAAGCUGGCCUACUAUCGCGGGUUUGCGCUCUUGUACAGUCUGGUCGGUAGCUGCGCCGAGCUUGUCAUGGUCAACUCGUCCUGGACCCGCGGCCAUGUCGCACAAUUGUGGCACCUCGACCGUCAACCCGUCUUCCGGCUCGGCGACGAACUGCUGGCAGCUACCGAGACUGCGGCGUUCGAAAAGCAUGCACACGCCGCCGCUACCGCAAGCAGCACUGGAGGUACCACACGCAGUGGCAAGAGCUACAAUACCGAGCCUGCCGCUGGCAGCAGCACCAGCAGCAGCACCAGCAGCAGCAGCAGCGACCCGACACAGCGACUACGGCUGCUGUAUGCCUCGCCAGACUCGCGGCAGGACGCAUUCGCGCCCGUAUUUGAGCGGCUGAACAAGGCGCUACAUGCCAAUGCCAUCGUGCUGUACCCUCCUUGCAAUACGACCCUUUUGCGAGCUUUCCCGUUGCAAUCGCGAUCCGCUUCCCCAGCAACGAUUGUGUCUGUCGCGCAAUUCCGGCCCGAAAAGGACCACGCCUUGCAAGUACGCGCCCUGGCCGAGGCCUUGCGUCUCCAGCCCCAGUUGCGUGGCAAGGUGCGUCUCGCGCUGGUCGGUAGCUGUCGGCAUGCAGACGACCAAGCACGCGUCGAUUCACUGCGCAAGCUCGCGCAUGAAUUGGGUGUCGAGCACGAAGUAGAAUUGCUGGUCGGUGUCUCGCACGAGGUCUUGCGGGCUCAACUCGCCGGCGCCGUCGGCGGCAUGCACACGAUGUGGAAUGAACAUUUUGGUAUUGGCGUGGUCGAGUACAUGGCUGCAGGCGCGGUUGCCAUUGCGCACCACUCUGGUGGCCCACUCAUGGACAUUGUCACUCCAUUCCGAGGCCAACCAACAGGCUACCUUGCAACCACCAAAGAAGAAUACGCCCAGGCGAUUCUCGCCCUUCUCGCAAUGAAGGAUUCAGAGCGACACGCCAUGCAAGAACGAGCUCGUGCUAGCGUAUCGAGUCGCUUCUCGGACGAGGUGUUUGCGUGCGGCUUUGCCGAGGCCGUUGCCACUCUCGUCUGCGCUCACCGAUGAGGCGAUGAGCGCGUUUUUUUUAUAUCUUGCUUGUGUUUGCCUGACUUGAUUUGUUUUGUUCCUCACCCUUGCAGUGUCAUUAUCAAAGUUGUUUAAUAACCGAAACCUCUAAUACGCUG